CUGUUUCAGUUGGAGGUUGGUUGUUUAUUGUUAUUUACUAAAGGUUUUGGUCAUUUUUUCUAUUUAAAAGUUUUUGGAAAAAACGGUGUUGAAAUCAAUUAUCCUGAUGUAGAUGCUGAUGAGGCUGAAGUUCCACCCUUAGAUGCUGAAAACGAACCUGAUGAACACAUAGAUGGUUGUGUUACAACGUUUGUUCGUAUGGCUGGUGAAGAUUAUUUUAGAAUCCCUGAUCCUGUUUCACGCAAGGCUAGACUUGAUGAAGGCUUAAAGGAUUUGAACAUAAGAUUUUUGCAUAUGGAUCCUCCACUGCAAAUUACCAACGGUACAAGACGUGAAAAAAGACCCAACGGUCGUGGUUAUCGAUACGCUUUAACCUGUUGGAAGAAGUUCAUGAAAGCCGCUCGGAUUAAGAGAUGGAACAGGCUGCUGUCACACUUUUGAAUAAUGUUGAUCUUAAUGUUGAUGAUUACACCAUCAGAAUCCGCAUUGUCAGGCUAUGGACAAGACCUACUUUCAAUAAUCCUAGAAAGAUUUAUUGCUACGACAUGAUAUUCAUGGACCAGGAGGGUACGAAAAUGCAGGCCUUUGUUUUACAGAAAAACACUACUGGUUAUGAACAUUUGCUGAAAGAAAAUCAAUGUUUAACCAUUCGUAACCCUUCGAUGGGUGAAAAUCGUCAAAAAGUCAAAUAUGUUCAUACUUCGUUCAAGAUCAAUCUAAAUCCCAACACUACUGUCCAAGAAUGCAAUGAGCCUGUUGGUGCUGAAUGGGGAUUUGACUUUUCUCCAUUUGAUUCUAUUGUGGAUGACCCUCUAGAUGAUAGCAAGUCUUUCAAAAGCCCUAUUGAUGUUAUCGGUUUUGUUGUCAAGUGUCUUCCGUCAGAUGAUAAGAGUGAUAAUAAUAACGGCAAAGACGAGAAGAAGACAACCUUUAUUUUGGAAGAUUUGCAACACCAUCAGAUUUACGUCACGUUAUGGGGUUGUUAUGCUGAUCAGAUUUUGGAUUUUGAGAAAAACAAUAAGGACGAAAAGAAUGUUGUGGUUGUUGUUCAGUUUGGGAAGUACAGAUUUUGGGGAGGUAAUAUGUAUGUCUCAAAUUUGUAUAAUGUAACUCGAGUCUUGAUAAACUCUGAGGUGAAAGAGAUAAUGGAUUUCAAGAAAAGAUUUAUCGAGAGACUUUCUCCCGAGAUUUCUUCCAGUUAUUCUGGCUUAAGUUCUCCUGUUGUGAAGACUGUCACUGAAGAGUUCCUAUCUGACUGA